ACUCUUGGGUCUGCAGAAAGGUCUGCAUAUCUGUCCCAACCACAUACUGAUAGUUUGGAGUUGACUUGAUCUGCCUAAUACUUGUUCUCUGUAAGACUGUUUCGUUGGUCAAUGUUGCUGACAUAAAGUUUGUCAGAGCCUUGUCUUGCACCGUCAUGCUCUUGCACCUAAGCCUUGAAAGCAAUGUAUAAACUAUUGAAACCAGAUGCUUUUGGUCUGUUUGUAGAGCAAAUGAGUGGAAUGGUAAAUUCAUAGAUUAAUUAUUGCUUGUAUUAUCCUCUGGGAGGGAAUGCCCAAAUGGAUUUCUUAUGCUCCAGAAUUGUUCACAGGGUCUGUUUCUGCCAAGCAAAGACAAGGCCAGCUGGAAGUGGCAAAUACUGUAGGAACAUAACCUUUGUGUUCAUUGCAGACGUGUGCAAAAUGUCUGAAGAUGAAUUUGAGGAGUAUGUUAUUGCUAUUAAAUACACCAAUAGUUAAACACUCCUUAUUCAUCUGGGUGGCUUGACCUUUCUGCUUCUUAUUGUUGUAAGGUCUGCUGUCUGUCUGGAAGUCUGAGUGGGGAAUAUCUUUGAGAAGGAGGCAUUGUUUGUAAUCCAAGCAGCAGAAAAAAAAGUGUUUAUCAUCUUGGGAAGGUUCUCGCAUGUUUCAACUCUUUAGGACCUUUCUUUCAGAUGUCUUUAUUUCUAUUUCACUUUGUUCUUUCUGUUAGCCACCCUGAAACACGCUCUGUAUUGCUCUGGAGUUGGUUCAUUCUAGAAGCUUUGUCUCCUCUGUAACUAAAAAAAGUGAAUGGAAGCAUCAAAGUCUUUAGGGGUGAAACUUGCUGAGCAUCUCUGAAGAUUACAUCUUCUGUAGUUUCUGUUUGUGAUUUUAGGAACAGUGCUUAUCUGUGACUGUGAAACAAAAUGUCACUGUGUUUUUAGAUAAAAUAAGAAGGCAAUGACUUUGAACUCCAUCUGUUAGGGUAUGGUUCCCUAAACUCUUGCUUAAAUAAGUUUCAGAAGUUGGGUACAUUCUCCGCCCGAAUAUGUCCUCUUUAGUUCUGAGUAAAACAUUUGUGAGUGAGACUUGCUUAUCCUUUCAGAGAGAAGGACAUAAAUAAAGAAUUAAUUAGCCAUCACCAAUCAAAUUAUUUCAGGCUUCUUCCUUCAUUCACGUAGAUGAGGUCUGCCCAUAGUAAGCCCCAAUAGACAGGAAUACUGGAUCUUCUGCUUCAGGGCUUAGAAGUCUGCCAAAUUUAGAGUAAGAAUGACUCUAUUGGGGAUAGAUUGAUGCCACAUCUUUUGCUUUUGGUGCCUUCCUUGUAGUGUCUACUUAUAGCCUGGUUUGGGGAUGUGAUGCUACUUGAAGUCUUACUCUGCCUCACGUCUUGUAGACCCCAGCUCCUUCUCCCUUUCACUCUUCAUGUUUGUCAACCAUUACCUCUAUGUGGGGGUAUAAUUAAUUUUUAGCCAAUAUUGAGAUAAAUGCUUACUUGCUUCAUCUCCAAGGCUUGCUUUUUGUGUCUCACGAUAAUGUCAGCCGUGAGGAGCUGGGCUGUAACUUUGUCCCUCUGAUGUUAGUAGUCAUUAUCACAUCUUCCUGUGCAAGUACGCUGUCUGUACCCUGCAAAGUCACGCUGGUCUCUUUUCCUGACUCCACAUUGCAUGCUUAUGUCUACAUUGCUACUUAUUCUUCCUCUAAUGACUGCUUUUAAUGCCGUGGGCUUUAGCACCUUUCUUCUUGCCACUCUCCACAAUUCCUCCUAGUUCUAACUUAAGCUUUUCAAAUUAUUGUGUCUCUGAGUAUUAACCCACGUAGUUUUGGGGCUAUGCCACAGCUGUAGUUAUAGUGUAACAUGGUUUAUAUCUGUCCUCUGACAAAAUUCAUGUGUCUAGUCAUCCUGUAGCUUGUUCAAGGCACAGGCUGCAGAGCUGUAGUGGAGUUCUUUCUGCCUCUUUGUUCAAGAGAAAAAGUGUUUUAAAAAUAUAAAAUGUGUUAACUCCAUGAGAACAAAUCUGGAGAAAGGACAGACCAGCUUAUUCAGGUCUGGUGAGACAGAGAGGAAGGCAGGGAAAGGGAUAUUACACACUACAGAACAGCUGUGUGAAGCCUCCUAAUUUGGUACUGGAGUAGUUUCUGAUACCUCACUGUGUCAUUUAGCAUAAGCAAGUCUGUUUACGGUGCUGUGGUGGUCUGUGGAGGCAGUAGAGUUCCCAAAGCUCUGCUAUACCAAACUGCUGUGUCCUGCUGCUGCUGUUUGGCUUUAGAGUUUUGUAACCUCGUGAUAGAUGUCACUGAUCUACUGGUGUCCUAGUCUUGGGCAACAGUAUUACUGGGCCUUGUCUUACUCCAGUAGUGUUCGGAAGAGUGGACAAUUCAUUUGCUGUGUUAGACUGCUUUUCAUUAACUUGCCAGUCUCCUCUCAUUUCCAGUUGCCAUCUUCUAAAUGGAUUCCAGUGAAUUUUCGGGAUCUUUGGACCCUCUGUCCUUGCCUGACAAGCCACUUAUUGGUGAUCUCCCUGCUGACAUGGAGUUUGGGGAAGAUCUCCUGGGCUCCCAAACAGCUUCUACCCAGGAAGUUUCAGUUCUUCCACCCUCUGACUGGGAUCAAUCCAAGCAGAUGACUGCAGGUGGGGACUUGGACCUUCUAGUGAAAGCAGACAGCCUGUCUAAGUUAAACACAUCAAACGACCUCGUUCUGGACAAAUCUGGUGUCCUGGAUAUGCUGGAGAAACCUGGUGUCUUAGAUGACUUGGAUAAAACUGCUGACUUGGUGGAGCAAGAUAAGUCAGAGGGUCUGGAUGGGUUGUAUAAGGCACAUCCUUCCCAAGGUGUGGAGGAUGGACCAUCUGACUCCUCUGCCCUCUCUAGAGAAGCCCUUGUUCCAGAAACAUGGAAAGAAGGGGAAGAUGCACCAAAAAACUGUUCUGGGGACCUAAAGGAAGAUGGUGCUGCUGCUAUUCCUGCACCAUCUGAUGACAAUGCCCCUGAGUCUCCCCGACAGCCCUCUCCUGAUACCAGGGACCUCAGCAGUGCCCCAGCCACAGAAGAAAGCACAGCGCAAUCCUCAAAUCCACCUAUGCCCUCCCCCCAGCUCAGUCUUAAACAGACGAAGAAGACAAGAUUGAAGACGCUAAGGAAAAGCUCACCCAUACAGAGGGAAGGGCUGGCAGGGGAAGCAGAGGUGGAACCGAGCCCAGACAACAAUACAGCAGCUUUGCCCUCUGAGCCCAUGGAGGAGAACCAGGCAGAGGAAGGGAAUGAUAGUGGGAACAAGUCACUUAAACAAAGUAGUUUACUGAAAGCACAGGGAGCCUCAGUACCAGCAGGAGAGAGCCUGUCUGGGAAGGGGAGCGAAGUGUCAGCUGAGAAGGAGCAGAAAAGAAGUGAACGAGCCAGAAGAUCAGAAACUGCCAGGCCUGAAACUGUGAACUCCUCUGAGAGCAUUCCGGUCUCUGAUGAAGACUCUGAUGCCAUGGUGGAUGAUCCCAAUGAUGAGGAUUUUGUUCCUUUUCGUACCCGACGUUCAACUCGAAUGUCUUUACGUGCUCAGAUGGCUCAGCGAGCUGCCCGUUCUACUGUCACCAAGAUGACUUGUGCCAACUGCCGGACCCCACUGCAGAAAGGCCAGACUGCCUACCAGCGUAAAGGGCUCCCUCAGCUCUUCUGCUCCAGCUCCUGUCUCACCACGUUCUCAAAAAAACCACCUGGCAAGAAGAUAUGCACCUUCUGUAAAAAGGAGAUCUGGAACACUAAGGACUCUGUGGUUGCCCAGAUCGGUUCAGGUGGCUCUUUCCAUGAGUUCUGCACCUCUGUCUGCCUCUCCCUCUACGAGGCUCAGCAGCAUAGGCCAGCACCUCAGUCCGCAGAUGCCUCAGAAACGAGCCGCUGCAGUGUCUGCCACAAACCUGGCGAGAUCCAGCAUGAGGUCAGCAAUGGGAACAUGGUUCACCGCAUCUGCAGCGAUGCCUGCUUCACCAAGUUCCGGGCCACCAAGGGGCUGAAAACCAAUUGCUGUGACAACUGUGGACUUUACAUCUACAACAAGGGCUUGCCCCUAGAGUACCUCUUCCACGAAGGCCAGCAAAAACGCUUCUGCAACUCUGCCUGUCUCAACAGUUACAAGAAGAAGAACACUCGAGUCUACCCAUGCAUGUGGUGCAAGACGCUGUGCAAGAACUUCGACAUGCUGCCCAACGUGGAUCGCAGUGGCAAGAUGGGCCUGUUCUGCUCCAUUUGCUGCACUACCUCCCACAAAGUGAAGCAGUCAGGCUUGGUUGGUCCCCCUAGACCCUGCAGCUUCUGCAGAAAGAGUUUAUCUGAACCGUGCUAUUACAACAAGACAGACCGGGUUGUCUACCAGUUCUGCAGCCCCAGCUGCUGGACCAAAUUCCAGCGCACCAGCCCGGAAGGUGGGAUCCACCUCAACUGCCAUUACUGCCACAGUCUUUUCAGCGGGAAGCCGGAGAUCCUAGACUGGCAGGACAAGGUGUAUCAGUUCUGCUGCAAGGACUGCUGUGAGGAUUUCAAGCGGCUGCGUGGGGUAGUGUCUCAGUGUGAGCACUGCAAGCAGGAGAAACUGCUGCAUGAGAAGAUCCGCUUCUCUGGAGUGGAGAAGAACUUCUGCAGCGAAGGGUGUGUGCUUCUUUACAAACAGGAUUUCACCAAGAACCUGGGCCUGUGCUGCAUCACCUGCACCUACUGUUCUCAGACCUGCCAGCGGGCGGUCACCGAGCAGCUGGAGGGCAGCACCUGGGACUUCUGUAGUGAAGACUGCAAAAGCAAAUACUUGCUCUGGUACUUCAAGGCAGCUCGGUGCCAUGCCUGCAAGCGUCAGGGGAAGCUGCUGGAAACCAUCCACUGGCGGGGGCAAAUCAAACACUUCUGCAACCAGCAGUGUCUGCUGCGAUUUUACAAUCAACAGAACCAGCCCAACCUGGACACGCAGAAGGGGCCCGAGAGCCUGCUGAACAGUCAGACUUCAGAGUCAAAACCACCUGCCCCUUCCUCACAGAAGGCAGAAACUAACAUGCUGUCUGCAAAGACUUCCUCAGCCCAAAUAUCUCCAGCUGCACCACCUCCCCCACCCCCUCCAUUUCCAGCCACCCCUCGGAAAAACAAAGCUGCCAUGUGUAAACCACUGAUGCAAAACCGGGGCGUUUCCUGCAAGAUAGAAAUGAAGUCCAAAGGAUGUCAGACAGAGGCUGACUGGAAGCCCCAGGUGAUUGUGUUGCCAAUCCCCGUCCCGAUCUUCGUGCCUGUGCCUAUGCAUAUGUACUGCCAGAAAGUACCUGUGCCUUUCUCCAUGCCUGUCCCGGUGCCUGUGCCAAUGUUCCUGCCCACCACGCUGGAGAGCACAGAUAAGAUUGUGGAGACCAUUGAGGAGCUGAAGGUGAAAAUCCCCUCUAAUCCUCUGGAGGCUGACAUCCUGGCCAUGGCCGAGAUGAUUGCAGAGGCUGAAGAACUGGACAAGGCCUCCUCAGACCUGUGUGACCUGGUGAGUAACCAGAGCGCAGAGGGUCUCCUGGAGGACUGUGAUCUAUUUGGACCAGCACGGGACGAUGUGUUGGCUAUGGCUGUCAAGAUGGCAAAUGUCCUCGAUGAGCCAGGCCAGGACCUGGAAGCUGACUUCCCUAAGAACCCUCUAGAUAUCAACCCCAGUGUGGACUUCCUCUUUGACUGUGGACUGGUGGGAGCAGAUGAUGUGUCCACAGAGCAAGAUCUGCCUCGUGCUGUCCGAAAGGGGCAGAAGCGUCUGGUACUGUCUGAAAGCUGUUCCCGGGACUCAAUGAGCAGCCAGCCCAGCUGCACGGUGCUGAACUACUCAUAUGGUGUGAACGCCUGGAAGUCCUGGGUACAAGCCAAGUAUGCAGGAGGAGAGACCAGCAAGGGAGAGGAGCUACGCUUUGGCCCCAAGCCCAUGAGGAUCAAGGAAGACAUCUUGGCCUGCACAGCAGCUGAGCUCAACUAUGGCCUGGCCCAGUUUGUCAAAGAGAUAACACGGCCCAAUGGGGAGCGCUAUGAACCAGACAGCAUCUAUUACCUCUGCCUUGGCAUCCAGCAGUACCUGCUCGAGAACAAUCGUAUGGUGAAUAUAUUUACAGACCUUUACUACCUGACCUUCGUGCAGGAGCUGAACAAGUCCCUGAGCGGCUGGCAACCCACAAUCUUACCAAAUAAUACAGUUUUCUCGCGUGUCGAGGAAGAGCACCUCUGGGAGUGCAAGCAGCUGGGCGUUUACUCGCCGUUCGUGCUCCUCAACACCCUCAUGUUCUUCAACACCAAGUUCUUUGGGCUGCAGACAGCAGAGGAGCACAUGCAGCUCUCCUUCACCAAUGUGGUGCGCCAAUCCCGCAAGUGUACCACAGCCCGUGGUGUAACAAAGGUGGUGAGCAUCCGCUACUAUGCUCCCACCAAGCAGAAGAAAGGCCGAGAUGGCAGCUCUGGAAAGCGGAAGCGUGAGGAGGAGGUACCGAUGCUGGAGCAGAGAGAGAACAGGAUGAACCCACUCAGAUGCCCAGUCAAGUUCUAUGAAUUUUAUCUCUCUAAAUGUCCUGAGAGUCUGCGGAACCGCAAUGAUGUCUUCUACCUGCAGCCCGAGCGAUCGUGCAUUGCCGAGUCCCCCCUCUGGUACUCGGUCAUCCCCAUGGACCGAAGCAUGCUGGAGAGCAUGCUGAACCGCAUCCUGGCUGUGAGGGAGAUCUAUGAGGAGCACAGUCGGCUCAGCGGGCUGGAGGAUGACAUGGACUAAGAGCAAGGUGCUACCAGGCUGGCUGCACUCCAGCCCAGAACACCUCAUCUCCCUGCCUCCCACUGCAGGGCAGGAGCUGUGCAGCGUGGGAGGGGACGGUGCUGUGGCACUGCUGUCCCUUCAUCGUUACUGGACUUGGACAUCCCAUCCUGCUCAUUACAGGCCUCCCCUCCAUAUGUGGCCCCUGCACUCAGCCCUGCCUCUGUCCUGGCUGUGCUGGGUGAGCUGUUUUCCCCGAGCCAAGUCCCUGCAGCAGGGGGGUGGCAGAGCCCCCUGGGGCAGCUCCCCUUGCCCAGCCGUGUCCCCCCGUCUCCCCAGUCCUGACACUACCUCCUUCUCCCCCUGUCCCGAGGCAGGAACUGCACAAUAGGGCAGAGUGCCAUCUGGGACCAGCGGCCCUGAGGCUCUUAAUCUCUUCUUCCUUUAGCAUCAGCUUGUGAGGCUGCGGGUGGCAAGACUGGAACAGUAGUUCUGCUGCUGCAGCAGGAUGGCGUUUUCACUGUUUUGCUGGGGAGGGAUCACCGGCAGCCUGAGAGCUGUUGGGUCAGAGGGGAGGGCUUGUUCACAGGAGUGGGAGAGAUCUGGGUGGGCCAUGGGGAGGCAGAGGGAGCUGGCAUUGGAAUGUAAAGGCAGAGACCUGGCCUCACUGCAGGGAUGCUUUCCUUAUUUGCAGCUGGGCUGCCUCCCUCAAUUUUGUCAAUGUUUUCUGAGUUGGUGAAAAACUGAUGGAGACGGGUCUGUGACAGCACUGCUCCUCUCUCCCCACUGGGCCGUGUCGCGGCGUAACCCCCUCCCCAGUGCAAGGUGCCAUUGGUGAGUCCCUCUGCUCCAGCCGGGGGCUCGGGCAGCCGCUGGCAGAAGCGACAGCUCUGCCUGGCCUCCCUCUCCCAAAGCAGCAGGGUGCCAGUGACCUGCUGGGGUAAUCCUGGCUCCGGCUGUGCCGCUCCCUGCUGCCUCCUGCCCCUCCUCGUGUUCUGGUUGGUUUUCUUGAGCUGUACAUGGGUCUUCUGUUGAGCCUGUAUAUAUUGUUCUGGGCCCUGACCCGGGGCCCUCUGUUCUCUGUGUCCAUGUGGAGAGUGAGCCGCUCACCAGUCUUGUAGUGAUGCCAGGACAAUAGGACUAACCCUGUGUCUCUGGAAACCAUUCAUUUCAAAUAAAGAUGAGGAAAACUU